ACAAUCUCCGUUUCGUCUUCUUCUUCUUCUUCUCCGCCGUGACACGCACACGGCGAAGCGGAGGCAGCCGCCGCCGGCGACCAUCUCGCGUCGCUCCUCCGGCCAUCUCUUCAGCUCCUCCACUCCCCGAAGCUGCCGCCCGCGCGAUCCACCGAAUGAGGCCGGCGGAGGAGGCGGCGAGGGCGGCGGCGCUGGCCGGCCCGCUCGGCGAGCUCCUCCCGCCGGUGGACUUCUGCUGCGCGUACGGCUCCACGCUCCUCCACGCCCGCCCCGAAGCGUCCUCCAUGGUCGACUACAUCCUCGGCGUCCCCGACCCGCUCCAGUGGCACUCCGAGAAUUUGGAGAGGAACCCUGAUCACUACUCCGGAUGGAUGGCUCGCCUCGGCCCCGGCGCUAUUACUCGACUUGCGGAUAACAUCGGCGUUGGGGUGUACUUCAAUCCAUUUGUUGAGUGGAGGGACAAGAGGAUAAAGUACGGGGUGGUGAGGAUGAAGGACCUGGCCAUGGAUGUCUUGACCUGGGACCGGUUCUACCUCAGUGGCCGGCUACAGAAACCUGUUCAUGUUCUUGUUGAUAAUUGGGAUAUAAGGAAGAUUAACACAAUUAAUCUGAAAAUGGCAACAUCAGCUUCUCUACUCCUUUUGCCAGCAGAAUUCACUGAGUAUGACCUGUACGCCCAAAUUUGCAGCCUAUCAUAUAUGGGUGAUUUAAGAAUGCUCUUCGCCGAAGACAAAAACAAGGUCAAGAAAAUUGUUGAGGGUAGUUUCCCAUCAUUUCAAUCGAUGUACAGAACCCUGAUACAAGAGUACAUUGCUGAAGGACUACUGAAGACAUCAUCUUAUGGACAACAGAAGGCUUUCCAUCAGGAUUGUGGUGCAUCUGCAACAAACGAACUGUUCUCUUAUCUCCCAUGGACAAUCCAAAGGCGAUUGCAAGGAAGAUUUGCAUCGAAUUGCGAAGAAAUGCCAACUCGUGCCUCAGUUUCUUCAAAAGAUGUAGCAGCAACCUGUGUCCGCAAGGCUUUGAGGCGCCGGGUAAUGGUCUCAAGUGCACGUCAAGCGAUGUCUGGACUGCUGGCCUCAGGUGGCGCUGUUGCUGCUAGAUAUCUGGGGAAGAAGAUAUCCAAAGCCUGGAAAUCAAGAACAGUUUAAGUUGUUGCUGACACCUGAUGCUUUAUAUACACCUUUGUUAGUUACGGAUUUUGGGUAGGUUUUGCUCUUAGAUCAACAGGAUACAUAGUCUUGAGAGUAAAAAGUUCAUGACUUGGAAGCAAGGUUGGAGCUUGGUCGAAGCAAAUUCAUGACUCAGCAUCUUGUGCUAAGUCGCAAAUUUUGUAGGAUCACUCAGUAUAAUAAGUUAAUGACACAGAUGACCAUGCAUGGCAUAUACAGUAUGAUGACCACUUUCUUCCA